AUGGGGGAAGCGAACGUUCCCGCGGGUCUCGGGUUCCAAAAGACCUUCCGAUUCACCGAGCUGGUGUACAGAAAGCCGGGUAUCACGCAUGAACAAUUCAUCGAUCACUACGUAAACGUUCAUAUUCCCCUGGCCGUGGAGACGGGAAGGAAGUAUAACGUGAUCCACUACUCUGUGCAAUUUACCGGGCAGAAACAGCGAGAGAAGGCUCAGGAGCUUUUUGGAAAAGGCUUCAGUAACUUCCUCGACUGUGACGCCAUCACCACCAUCGCCUUCACCGACGAGGCCAGCGCAAUCGCCGCCACCAAGGAUCCAGACUGGAUGGGCAAGGUGGUGGCAGACUGUGUGCAUUUCAUCAAGGACGAUGGCGUACAGUUGACUACGGGCUGGGAAUAUGUCGCGAACAAGGAUGGUGUUACAGUCUGUUGA